ACGCAGUGGCAUCGUUGGCAUAUCGCCAGCCUAGGUCGCACGAUAGCUGCCAAGUCGAUAUUCUGAUAUUGCAAUAAUAAAAAAUUGAACUUUGAACUAACCACUAUCGAAAAAUAUCGAAAAAACUCGAUCACGAAUUAUUCAAACAUUUGAAUUGUGAGCCAACAAUCAAAACUAUGUUAUAACAGCUAUUUGUCUAUGAAUAGGAAUUUUUUCCACGAUAAAAUUCGUCAGUCUUCUGAAGGGGAAUAGAAUCUUUGGAUAUGAAGAAAUGUGAAAAUCGAUUUUUUUAGUACAGCACCUUUGACUUGUGAAAUCCAUAGUAUCGAUCUCUAGCUGCCUUGCCUAGCUGUGAUACACCACGACGCACCACGUUAAAAACGCUGCAAAUUACAUGCAGCAGAAUUGCAUCUACAGGGAUGGUCCGCGACAUCUUUCGCACCCCUUUGAAAUCGUAUUAAAAAAUCGUUAUAAUGGAACUCGCCCACGCUGUUACUAUAGCAACAGUUUACGGAGCCAGUAUUCAACUUCACUUGUCAAAUGGCAAAAGUGCAAUUCACCAGGAUCAUCGUGGGGUAGGCUUUCAGCGUGUCGCAAUAAUAUUUGUCUGCACCUUGGGAAUCGCCAUACGAGUAGUUUACGUGCCUAUAAAUUUACUGAACUCCGUAGACGUCGGCGUUGGUACUUGUGACAGCUGUUUUUAAAUUAACAAAGAUUAUCGAUCGAGUGAGUCCGAGGCGGGUCUGUUCUCGCCGCCUAUAAUUCCUGUGUUCCUUUGGUCGGAAUUUUCACGUCUCUUUACGAAGUGUUUGACACUUUACUUGUUCCUGUGAUGUUCAGCAGAGAUCGAGAUCAAAGUCGUGGGCGCCGUGGCGGAGGCCGAGCCGGAGGAGGAGAUGGAGGAUCUAGAUUUGGGGGUCGAGGUGGUAGCGGUUCUGGAAGUCUAAAGGGGAAACAACCAGGUGGAGGUCUACGUAAGCUCAACUGGGAUAUCAGGUCUCUGGAACCGCUGCGUAAGGACUUUUACGUGGAACAUCCUGCCGUCAGAACCAGAUCGAGGGAGGACGUUGCACGAUUCAGAGAGGAUGCGGAAAUCACCGUCAAGGGGGAAGACGUUCCAAAUCCAAUUCAGUAUUUCGAAGAAGGGAAUUUUCCCUCUUAUGUUAUGGAAGGAAUCCGUCGCCAGGGAUAUGCUCAACCUACCGCCAUCCAAGCACAGGGUUGGCCAAUCGCGCUUAGUGGAAAAGAUCUUGUUGCUAUUGCGCAAACUGGAUCUGGAAAAACACUGGGAUAUGUUCUACCGGCGAUAGUCCACAUUAUAAAUCAACCACCGCUGAGCAGUGGAGAGGGACCCAUUGCCUUGAUACUAGCUCCUACCAGAGAAUUGGCUCAACAGAUUCAGGAGGUUGCUAAUUGUUUUGGGGAAAGUGCCUCUGUUAGAAACACGUGUGUCUUUGGAGGAGCGCCAAAAGGUCCGCAAGCUCACGACCUCGAAAGGGGAGUGGAAAUCUGCAUAGCGACACCAGGGAGACUCAUUGACUUCCUAGAGAGGGGAACAACCAAUCUACGCAGAUGCACCUACCUAGUGUUGGACGAGGCUGAUAGAAUGUUAGACAUGGGGUUUGAACCUCAAAUUCGCAGGAUUAUAGAACAAAUUAGGCCUGAUCGUCAAGUAUUAAUGUGGUCCGCAACCUGGCCAAAAGAAGUGCGGACAUUAGCCGAAGAUUUCCUGACGAAUUAUACGCAUCUUAACAUCGGUUCUCUGACGUUGUCGGCGAAUCACAAUAUCAUUCAAAUAGUUGACGUUUGUCAGGAGUCUGAAAAGGAUAUGAAAUUGUUCAGGCUUCUUCAAGAGAUUAGCACAGAGAAAGAGAACAAAACGAUAAUAUUCGUAGAGACAAAGAGAAAGGUCGAUGACAUAACAAGAAAUAUCAGGCGGGAUGGCUGGCAAGCAUUAAGCAUCCAUGGGGAUAAAAACCAGCAGGAGAGGGAUCACGUGUUGCAAGAAUUCCGUAGCGGUAGAGCCCCGAUAUUAGUUGCCACAGAUGUGGCAGCCCGAGGUCUAGACGUGGAGGAUGUCAAGUAUGUCAUCAAUUUUGAUUACCCUUCUUCAUCCGAGGAUUACAUUCAUCGCAUUGGACGUACGGGUCGAAGAUGUCAGACGGGGACAGCCUACGCGUUUUUCACUACUCAUAACAUGAAACACGCUGGGGAUCUGAUCGAAGUUUUACGCGAAGCUGGUCAAAACAUCAAUCCUCGACUCAGUGAGAUGGCAGACAUGGCAAAAUCUGGUGGUUUUGGUGGAAGGGAUGUUCUUUUAGGAGGCAAGCGUUAUGGUCCUGGUGCUAGUGGUAAUGGUAGCGGAGGUAGACGUGGUAAUAAUGAUGGACGAAGUCGCGGUGGUGGAUCUGGACGAGGAAGAGGCGGAAGAGGAGGUCCUUCCUAUCAUAGUUCUUCAACAAGUUAUUCAAGCUCCGAAUACAAUAGUUAUCCAGGUGGAAAACAGAACAGUUCAACUGGACAGUCGAGUGGUUAUGGAUAUUCUUCUCAAAGAAACUACAAUGAUAACAUUCCACAAAAUUAUGGUGGCGGUGAUAAUUAUGGUGCCUCAAAUUAUCAGUAUCGAGGGGCAGCUUAUUAAAAAUAUCCGAUAUUGCAGUUGAUGAGUAACUCUAAAACGAGAGCUCUCUAAACAUUUUCAUUUAGUUUUACGUUUGUCUCUCUGAUAAAUUCAAUUGAGACGAGUGGAUAAAGAAAACAAGAAAAAAACAUUCGCGAGAUUCUACGUUUCGUUUAGUUUUUGUACCCUGUGAUUAUUUAGAAAACUUUCCCUAGGAUGUAUUAAUGUAUUCAUAACCAUGAGAGUAGAUAUGUAUACUUUUGCGGAUUUAAACACAGGGUGAGUGUGAACAUUAUUUUUGUAAUUACGAAUAUGCCUAGAGAUCAGAUGGUCGGAGAAGCAGAGACUUUGCCUCAAGCAUGAGGAUAAGAAUAUGUUGUCUACAACUAAUUCUAUGCAGUGAUGCAAGUAUUCAAAUUAGAUCAAAUCCAGUGAUAAAUGGCAACAACCCGAGCAAGACUAAUUUUUCCUGUUAUUGAUUAUCAGGUUUGAUGGUUAAUAGUAUCUUAUUGCCAACUGCUAUAUGGAAUGGGAUUAAUUCUCACUGAGUGCGUUAGAAAGAUAAGUAACUCAUAAUAUCGUUCCUCUGGCUGCACAUAAAUCGGUAUAAAUCAUUUGCAUACAGUGAUAGUUUCAUCUGGUGCGUAGCAUUUGUGAUAUUUGAUGCUACGUCAUUCCUAGUCAAUGCUAUGAAUACGUUCGCACGUAUGCAUAUCUACAUGCUAGAAAUAUGGAAUAAACUUACUACAUUUACUUACUCAAAUAUAAAAUACCGUAAUCACUACUUGUCCAUUAAAAUUAUACCGAUAAUAUUUGCACCUUACCUUAGUCAUGUGUAGCUGCAUGUGGUAUUUCCUGUGAUCUCAUAAUUUAAAUAAGUAGUUCUAUAGAAAAUUAAAUACCAUACUUAAACAUAGAUAUGUUAUCCGAUUAAAAUUGUCAUUGAAAAUGAAUAAAAUCGUU